AUGGAGCAAGCAUCGAAUGGGCAAUUGCCACUCACGAACUACCAGCUGAGGGCCCGGAGAGACAAGUCACGAUAUCUUGAGGAAAUCCGCCUCAACUGGGGUGCUGAUAUUGAGGACCGCAUUCCAGCUUCCAUCCACCCCCGAAAGACGUUGACUCCACAUCGGAAGCCUAGGGUGGGAGACAUCGCGGAGAUCGAGGAUGAUCCAAGAAACUGGAGCUUAGAGCUCUUGCGGCUACUCAGAAACCUGUCGCGGAAGCAAGUCGCUAGCCUCGCAACUAUGCAGGAUCUUGUCGAAACGGAGGUGCGCUUGCGACAAAGCUCUACGACUACCAACAAAUACAAGCUGGCAGCUGAGGUUAUCAUCGAUGACGUGCAGCGUGUGAUAGACGGAAUUGAUAAGCGUCAUGCUUCGGAUGAGACUGAGCGGUAA